UCAGCCCUAGGCAGAAAGAGACUUCUGCACUCACAAGCGAAGGGAAGGCAGGAGGCUGGGGGCUUUUCUGGGCCACAUCAGAGACUUUCAGCAAGAAAGGAAUGCCUCUGUUUCUUCAUGUCUACACAGAAGGGUUUAACAAACAGCGACUUUCAAAUUCUGGAUGUGGAUUAAGCUUGUGAGAAACAUCCCAUUUGUUGUAUCAGAACUACUAAGGAUGGCUCCAAGAAACGUGAUGUUGAAGGGAACACCUAAAUAUUUCUUCAAGCUUGUAGGCGGGGAACUGGACUAUUCUUGGGCUCUCUUGAGCAUAUAGAAUUGCACGUGUUUUAAGUUUCCGGGGAUGAGCACGUAAAUGAGAAAACCAAACUGAGAGCCUCCUCAGAAGCAUGGGGGGAAGAAAGAUGGUGAGAGAUGAGGAAGGCGCCUAUGGCUCAGAGGAUGACUCCAGGGCCCCGCAGGAGCCCCGCCUGAGGCUCAUCUUGGUGGGCAGGACUGGGACCGGUAAGAGUGCCACUGGCAACAGCAUCCUGGGCCAGAAGUGCUUCCUGUCCAGGCUGGGGGCGGUGCCUGUCACCAGAAGUUGCACCUUGGCCAGCAGAAGAUGGGCCGGUAGGCUGGUGGAGGUAGUGGACACCCCGGACAUCUUCAGUUCCGAGACCCCGCGGUCCGACCCCGGGUGUGUGGAGGCAGCCCGCUGCUUCGUGCUGUCCGCUCCCGGGCCGCAUGCGCUGCUGCUGGUCACCCAACUGGGUCGCUUCACCACGCAGGACAGCCAGGCGCUGGCCGCAGUGAAAAGGAUGUUUGGGAAGCAGGUGAUGGCGCGCACUGUCGUGGUGUUCACGCGCAAGGAGGACCUGGCCGGAGACUCCCUGCAGGAUUACGUGCGCUGCACGGACAACCGCGCGCUACGAGAGCUGGUGGCGGAAUGCGGGGGUCGCGUGUGCGCCCUCAACAACCGUGCCACAGGCAGCGAGAGCAAGGAUCAGGUUGAGCAGCUGCUGGACCUGGUCGCGUGUUUGGUGAGGGAGCACCGGGGCACGCACUACUCCAAUGAGGUGUACGAGCUGGUGCAGGCCACACGGUGCGCUGACCCCCAGGACCAACUCACCAAGGUGGCGGAGAUGGUGGUCGCACGCACGCAGAGGCGCACCGGGUUCCUAGCUGCGCUGUGGAGACGGCAGAAAUCCUACAGGCUGGGCUGGAGGGGUGUGAUGAUCUUUGUGGGUGCGGCCUUCUUGAUCUGUCUGCUGUUCUACAGAAAGGUCCCAGGCCUUUGGGAACCAGAGUAACAGAUAAAGCUGAUCUUAGAUGCUAUGACUAGGAAGAUCUUUAAAAACAAAAACAAAAACAAAAACAAACAAAAAAACAAAAAAACAAAACAAAAAAAACAAAAAACCAAAAAAAAACAAAAAAACUGAAUACUUAGAACUCUGCUCAGAGCUUCAGUGAUUCACAGUUGGGGAACAUGGCAUCAACUUUGCUAAGGUUCUGUGGUGCUGAGUCUCAGCUUUAACUACAUGCAUUCAGAGUUUUAAAAAUAAAAUUGUCAACUAACAAA